AUGGAAAGAAAACCUUCAGUAAAGUGGGAGGAGCCCAAGGGCAAGCCAAGGACGGUCCCAAGAAAGAUAGAAAGGCUGAACGUCUCGGCACUGGACUUUUGGAGCGAGGAACCCGGAGAUCCGUUGCAUUCGGAUAGAGAUCAUGAUGAAUCAACAGACAUGGAUGCAUUUUUUACAUCUACAGACCAUAAGGAAGAUGCAGGAGAAAGGGAGCUUUCUGUCUAUUCAAAGUUCGUUGUGCGUGAGACCAGAAAAACAGAGAACUCUGUUGUUUUGAUCGGUGAUAAAAUCGAAUGCCAUCUGUUUGGGGAAUGGUGUGAUGUCGAGUACAAUGUAAAUAACAGGAUUACUGUCCUCCGAUGUGUCUGCUGCAACGAGCGCGAUGAGGAGGGAUCUGACAUUGGAUGCCUGGAUGAAAUUUUUGAAUCUGAGCGGGAGGAACAUUCUAUGGAAGAUGAAAAAGAAAACCUAAUGCAAAGCGCCAAGAGGAGCAAGAUUUUUGUGACUGACACAGAAAACUAUCUCCUGGUUGAGGAUGACCCUAUUGCAAUCACUACGCUGUGUGAGUCUCUAACAUGCAGAAAUAGACAUUACGUGAACUCCAGAAUUGCCUCUAUAAAGUUUUCACACACGGACAUCCGAAUUCUUGUUGGCGUUAUAGUCCAUUCGGUCAUGGAAAAGGCCCUGAUCCAAAAAAGCUUUGCUCUUGACUUCUUGAUCGGGCAGGCAAAAAGAGAGAUUUCCAGGAAUGUCAUUUUAAUGCACAGGUGUGGGGUUGAUGAAAGGGUGGCUCUCAACGAAACACUGAAGCUGAUAAAGAAUAUAUAUCUAUUUCGGGAGCAGAGGUUUGAUGUUGUCGAAACGGAGAAGAGACUUAUGUCUCUUCUAUUCAAUAUUAAGGGGAAUGCAGAUGCAGUUGGAACUGACACGGUUCUUGAAAUCAAAAGUACUAGGUCGCGAAGGGCAGAGCAUCGUGCACAGGUGAUGCUGUACGCCCUUAUGCUGAAGGAAAAGACUGGAAGAGACUUUCUUCCGUAUCUGUACUAUAUUCCGGCUAGAGAGCUUGUCGAAGUCAAGUUAAAACAUCAGGAAAUCAGAAGUCUACUGAAUCUUAGAAACAGGAUUGCUGUAUCAAAAGGACCUUGUGAAUGUUUCUGCGAAGACUAUAGCUGCAAUGCCUUGCUCCGCAUAAGGGCACUAGAAAAGACACACUUUCUAAGAAGGCAGUUGGAUGCAAUCGACGAGGAAGAAGCAAGGGCAGCAGAAUCGUUUAUUCCGGCAACACUUAGAUAUCAAAGUAGCACCCUAAUUGGGCUGACGCUUCAAGGUGGACUUCCUUCCAACAACAUACAUCUGAAUCUACUCAACUCGGACCUUGUAAGAAUUUCGAAGGGCAUUAUCGAGGAGGCCAAUGGAGACAGAGUCCUGGUGAGGCUGAGUGAAGAGAUUCCUUUCAAGCACGAGGAGAGGCUGUACGUAUCUUUUGGGGCUUCUGACAUAUUUUUCAGAUUCAUGCGAUUCUCGCUUAUUCAUAUUGCGUAUCCAAGAUACUGUGCAUCUGAGGGAGUUGGAGGAUUUACCUUGCCUAUGGAGAAGGCAGGGCUAGAUGUAAGAAGCGAUCUCGACAGGCAGACCCCCGGAGAUGAGGAUUCGGUGCUGACUGAGGAGCUGAACGAAUGCCUUAAUAGUGAUGAAGACAUUUUGCACAGUGCUGCAGAAAAGAGGUGGAAGAAAGAAGACAAUGCAGGCGGCGAUAUAGGAGGCACGACUUUCUCUAACCUGGAGGGGAUGACUUCAUGCUCCAGCUCUGUACUUGACGAACACAAAGUUUCGAUACCCAAGGUUUAUAAGGAGGAGUUUCUGAGACUCAAUGAUGAUCAACGUUCUGCAUUGUUCUUGUCUCUAAACUGCAGAAAUUAUAGAAUCAUACAUGGAAUGCCAGGAACAGGAAAGAGCACCCUCAUAUGCUUACUAAUCAAGAUCCUUGCAUAUCUCAAAAAAAAGGUCCUCUUGAUAUGCUAUACGAAUCUUGCUCUGGCAAACAUCACAAAGAAGUUGAAUGGGAUUAGAAUAUAUGCGGCCGGCAAGGAAGAAGUUUCUUUCAAAACAGUUGAAGAGGCCGGGUUGUUUUUUGAUAGGAUUGAAUUGGUAGUCGGAACAUGCUUUUCGUUUGCAGACCCUAUCUACGUAAACAGGCAAUUUGACUUUUGUGUUAUUGACGAGGGUUCCCAGAUGCAUUUGCUUCUAACCCUGAUACCGGUAAGCAUUUCUAAAAAGUUUGUGAUAGUGGGAGACCAUCUUCAGCUAAAACCUCUUUCUAGGAGCUCCAAGGAUUUGAGUCUCUCUCUUUUUGAGCACCUUCUUGGGGAAGACCACUCUAAGCUUAGGACGCAGUACAGAAUGGGAAGUGAGAUAAUGAGGCUGUCAAACACCCUGUUCUAUGGGAAUCAGCUGCGGGGCGAAAAGAAGCCUUCUACGGUUCAAUUCAUAGACACUGAAGGCAUAGAUUUUAUGUCACUGGUCUCUUCAUUCGAGAAGUGUACUAUUCUCUGCUACUUCAAUGCGCAGGUGGGUCUGAUAAGAGAAAAAACAAGCUGUGCUGUAGAAACAGUUGAUAGAUUUCAGGGAAGCGAGGACGACAAGGUUGUAGUUGUCUUUGACCCGGUCUCCAAAUGCGAGGUGAUGGAGAGUAACGAAAGACUCAAUGUUGCGCUGACUAGGGCUAGAAAACAUCUCGUUCUUGUGGGUAGUAGGUCCAAGAUGAUGGAGAUAGAAAUACUGAAGAGGCUGAUGUCCAUCUUAUAA